CUCCACGAUCGAGGUUAAUGUUAGAAAGCAGCCUUGGAUUUGUCACCUAACGAAUUUAAUGUUUUGUUUACGUUUUUUAGUUCUUUGUGCCCCCAGAUUAGUUUUUUUGCAAAAUUUUUACAAUAUAUAUUUGACGCACAAUUGGCAUCAAUUAUUAAUAAGCCAAUCAUCAUUUUUAUUAGUCAGCGGUGGAAGGUUAGAUAAAUUAUGGUAAAUUCCAUAAGGUAGCUGACCAUGAUUGUUAGUUUUCACAACACAGUUUAGUAGAAGAAACAACAACCACAAACACGAUGUCUACGUCGGUGCGCAAAUUUUUGGAUGUGUUAACGGAUUCGCCCCAAAUUUCCGAUUUACGCAUGAAUCGAUUUUUGAUGAAUUCACCACUUCAAUUAAUCACAACUUUGGGACUUUAUCUACUUUCUGUUUUAUUAAUCGGCCCAAGGUUUAUGAAAAAUCGGAAACCUUUUUCACUCAAAACUACAAUAAUCGGUUAUAAUGUAAUACAAAUUUUCUGGAAUCUAUACUUGUUCUUAGGGUUUGCAGGAACUUUCAAUAAUUUAAGCGUUUUUUGCACCCCUUAUGAAAAAUCAAACCGUCAAGAAGUGUUGCACAGUAUAGACCUUCACUACGGAUACAUUCUUUUAAAAUACUUUGACUUAAUUGAAACCAUGUUUUUCGUUCUUCGGAAAAAAGAACGUCAAGUGUCAUUCUUGCAUGUUUAUCAUCAUGUUGGUAUCCUUCUAGCCGCCUGGGUUUCGGGGAAAUACUUCCCAGGAGGACAAGCCUCUUUUGUGGGCUUAUACAACACGUUUGUUCAUCUUAUAAUGUACUGUUAUUACUUGUUAAGUUCGUUCAAAUCAAGUCAAACACUGUGGUGGAAAAAAUACGUCACUGUAUUACAAAUUGUGCAACACUGUUUGGUGUUCUUGUGUGUUUUCCCUUCAGUGGUGAACCCUAAUUGCUCGUACCCCAAGUUUUGGAUGGGUCUCUUUUCAAUCAACGUGCUUUUCAUUAUCUAUCUCUUCGGGAAAUUCUAUAAAAACACGUAUUUGGAUAAAAAGACGCAAUAAUUUUCGUGAAUACCAAUGUAACGAAAAUUAAUUCUUUGAGGGGCAAUUUUUUGUUGUCAUUCGUGUAUUUAUAUUUUGUAUAUUGUACAAAUCUGGGUUGAAUAAAUUAUUAAGUUUUGA